CUCAAGAGCACGCAAUACCACAGUUAUAUUAUGCCUGAGGUAAUAGUCGACAUCACCAGACAGUGUUGAGUUUCCGAACGAAAUGAAUAUCUCUGAUACUGUGGUUAUUUCGAUGGAAUAUACUUCAGUUGUAAAAAUGUGUUGGUGAUUUUGAAUCUUCCUACUUUCUGACAGAGAAUGCCCAGUAUAUAGAGCAUCAAAUGUAUAGAUAGCACACCACCCUAUCCAUCGCAUCACAAUGUCAGAAUAUGAAGAUAUACUCAGAAAGAUCGGCUCGUUUGGGCCGUACCAACGGCGGGCAUUCAUUCUUGUUAGCAUGUUUGAAACCCCACUGGCCUGGGCAAUGCUUACACCAAUAUUGCUCAACUUCAAACCCAACUGGUACUGCUACGAUUGGCCUGCGGUUCAGGCCUUUCUGCUCAAGGAUAACCUCACUGGUUACCAGUUAGAAGAUGCUCAGGCAAUAACUAGUCUUGAUAGCUAUGAAGUUUAUCAGUAUUAUCACAGUAACUACAGUGCUUAUAUAAAUUUGACUAACUUCCGAACAGAAAAUACUUGUGGACCAGACAAUGAAGUAUGUCCUGGAUUAGUUUUUCAAGAAGGAAUUAGCUCAAUAGUUUCACAGUGGAAGCUAGUGUGUAACCAGGAGAUUCUAGCGGACACUAUCACAUCCAUCCAGAUGGCCGGUGUCCUGAUCGGGGCGGUUCUAACCGGUCAGUUAGCUGACCUUUUUGGCCGACGUCACAUCCUCUUCAUCGAGCAUGCCAUCCUGGUGAUCAUGUGGUUCUGUAGCGCCUUUGCUGGCUCUUGGGAGGUGUAUGCUGGCCUCAGAUUUGUUAUCGGUGCUCUCAUAGGAGGCGUGUUAGUGGUGAACUUUGUCCUCCCUCUGGAGCUGGUGACGCCGGAGUGGCGGACCUUCUGUGGGUGUAUUGGACUGUGGGCAGUCGGACUCAUGGCUCUUGCAUUAUGGGGAUACCUCAUUUCUGACUGGCAGUACCUUGUUAUAGGAACCUCGACAGCCUCCUUGUUUAUAUUGAUGUCUUGGUGGUUUGUGCCGGAAAGUCCUCGCUGGUUACUCAGUAAAGGUCGGAUAAAGAAAGCAGAGAGAAUCCUUACAGCCAUGGCCAAGUACAACAACAAACCAGUGCCAGACUUUUCCGAACUCAGAAAUUAUGCUAAUGCUGAGAUGCAUAGAAGGGAGCAGGGCCAGAAUUACAGCUACUGGCAUUUAUGUAGCUCCGUGAAAGCCACCAAAAAUGCUGUUAUUCUCAUGUAUGGCUGGUUUGUAUCCAGUGCAGUUUACUAUGGCAUGAACUUCAACACGAAGAACCUAACCGGGAACCUCUACCUGAACAUAUUUUACUCCGGGCUCGUCGAGAUCCCCGCCCUGCUGUUUGUGGUGUGCGUGCAUAACAAGCUGGGUCGCAGGCUAACUGUGUCCCUGCUCAUGUGUAUCGCAGGAUUCUUCUCCUUCUCCAUACUCAUAUUAGAUCUCACAGCUGGUUUGGAGAACCUGCCUACACUGACUAUAGUGUUUGCCAUGAUUGGGAAGGCAGGGAUCUCUGGAGGCUGGGCUGCACUCCAGGUCUUCUCUGCUGAAUUGUUCCCCACUGUUGUCAGAAACAUGGGAGUUGGUGCUUGCUCCUUUAGUGCAAGAAUAGGUGCUAUUGUUGCCCCUCAAAUUGUGUUUUUGGGUGGGCAGGAUGCCGCUGCCUUGCCAUUCACAGUAUUUGGUAUAAUUUCCUUAAUUGCGGGAGGAUUAGUCUGGCUGUUGCCUGAAACCAGAGGUGUUCCAUUACAAGACGAGCUGAUCAUACGUCGGCCAAGUGAAAUGUUGACUGCCAGCCCACAAGACACUGUGGACAAUGGUGAAACAGAUGCAGCCAUACCAUUACAGAGCUUCCACAGCAUUGAACAAAAUGGAGAGCAUACAUUACAGGCCACUUGAUGAUGGCAUCGCAUUAGACAUUGUUUGCUUUGUUGCUUGUAAAACCCUUGUGUUAUAUGUCCUUGCAUUGAUUUUGUUAUGAGAGGGAAUGUUAUAGUUACCUGUAAUGUUGUUGAAUCACAACUUUUUGUCACAAUACUAUAACUAUCACAAGUAUUUCUAUCACAAGACCAGUUAAGUAUCAGGAUUUGUUUACCCUUGUAUAAAAUAAACAAUUUUUUCAGACAUUUUUCAAGGAAAUAUAUUCAGACAUAACUCAGAUUAAGCAUCUUAAGCUCUGGGGGAGCCAGAUGUUAGUUGAUUUCAAGCAUUAUGCUAUUUUAAACAUGACAGUCAUUGCAAUAUGCCAAAACAUGCAUUCAUUUAAACUAUUGAUAGUUUAGUGGACUUUCUAUUUAUAUCUUUCCUAAAGAAUUUCUACUGUCUUGGCCAAAUUAAUCUAUCAACUAAUUGAUUUAUAGUUAAACUCCAAGUAGGUAUGUUUUGAUUGUUAUAAAUUUGUUUGGUGGUUUGUUAUGGACUUUUUAUAUUUGUUUUACAUUGUGUUAAUAUUGUUUGCAGUGAACUGUUAUUGUAUACUCUUUGCAAUGAUUGACCUGGUUAGAGGAUAUUAAUUUGUUUGUUUGUACAUGUCUGUCUGGAUUAGUAAGGGAUGGGAACUGAUAAUGGAAGUGCACUUUAACAAUUUCAAGUUAUUCUAUUAUUAGACUUUUUUUGCAUGAUAAGUUAGACUAUUAUUGCAGGAUAAGUUUGACUAUUAUUGAAGGAUAAGUUGGACUAUAAAUGCAGGAUAAGUUGGAAUAUUAUUGCAGGAUAAGUUGAAAUAUUAUUACAAUAUAAGUUGGUAUAUUAUUGCAGGAUAAGUUGGACUAUAAAUGCAGGAUAAGUUGGAAUAUUAUUGCAGGAUAAGUUGAAAUAUUAUUACAAGAUAAGUUGGUAUAUUAUUGCAGGAUAAGUUAGACUAUAAAUGCAGGAUAAGUUGAAAUAUUAUUACAAGAUAAGUUGGUAUAUUAUUGCAGGAUAAGUAAGACUAUUAUUGCAGGAUAAGUUUGACUAUUAUUGAAGGAUAAGUUGGACUAUAAAUGCAGGAUACGUUGGAAUAUUAUUGCAGGAUAAGUUGAAAUAUUAUUACAAUAUAAGUUGGUAUAUUAUUGCAGGAUAAGUUGGACUAUAAAUGCAGGAUAAGUUGGAAUAUUAUUGCAGGAUAAGUUGAAAUAUUAUUACAAGAUAAGUUGGUAUAUUAUUGCAGGAUAAGUUAGACUAUAAAUGCAGGAUAAGUUGAAAUAUUAUUACAAGAUAAGUUGGACUAUAAAUGCAGGAUAAGUUGGAAUAUUAUUGCAGGAUAAGUUGAAAUAUUAUUACAAUAUAAGUUGGACUAUUAUUGAAGGAUAAGUUGGACUAUAAAUGCAGGAUAAGUUGAAAUAUUAUUACAAGAUAAGUUGGUAUAUUAUUGCAGGAUAAGUAAGACUAUUAUUGCAGGAUAAGUUAGACUAUUAUUUAAGGAUAAGUUGGACUAUAAAUGCAGGAUAAGUUGGAAUAUUAUUGCAGGAUAAGUUGAAAUAUUAUUACAAGAUAAGUUGGAAUAUUAUUGCAGGAUAAGUUGAAAUAUUAUUACAAGAUAGGUUGGUAUAUUAUUGCAGGAUAAUUUAUGUUGUUAUUGCAUGACAAGUUUGGCUGUUAUUGCAGGAUGAAUGAAAUUGUUAUCGCAGGUCAAGUAAGACUAUUAUUGCAGUAUAAGUUAGGCUAUUAUUGUAAGUUGUUUUUGCAGAAUAUAUUAAACAUUUAUUGCAGUAUACAUCAUGCUUUUAUUGCAGGAUAAGUUAGGCUGUUAUAAUAGGAUUCCAUUGACCAAAAUGUAAAUGCAUUUAACUAUUUUUACAUUUUACAUUACAGUUAACCCAGGACAGUAUAUGACCACAACAUUUUUUAUUAAAUACAACGUUAAGGACCUCCUUGAUUUUACAAUAUCAUACCAGGGUACUGGUAACUGUAAAUCUGUUACACGUUUUUUAUUGUUGAAUUAUUAUUCACACUGCCUGUAUGUCAUUACCUUGUACGAGAUGUUUUUCACUCCAUGAAAGCCUUGUAGUUCUAUUAAGUUGUAUGGCAGAGUGGGUACUACAGUGCACUAUCGGGGCUUUCAAAUAAAUAUCGUGUAUAAUUGCUCACGUUAGAGGCAUUAAAUAAUAGUGUUAUAAUUGAACUCACAAUCAAAUUGAUACAUGUUCACACAUGGAUACAUCGACAUAUUGACAUGUAAACAUUUUCAUAUAUACAUGCAUGUACACUAAGUCUUAUUCAUACAUACAUACCAGAUCAUAUACAUGCAUGUACAGACGUUUAUAUAUAAAUACAUGUACAGUAAAAGUGCCAAUAUAAGGUGUUGAACAAAACUAUAUUUGUUUUAUUUGAUCAUAUUUGCUUUCUGCUGUCUUCUUUUGUUUUUCAGUUUUUUUUGUUUGAUUUAAGAUAAUAUAUCAAUAUUUUUUUUCCUUUAUUGUUAUUAAAAAAUAGGUAUUAUUAUUUUACAUUUUCAUAAACAUUUUGUUUGUGUGCCUUCAAUUUGCUGUUUUCAUCAUGUACACCAUUUUUUUUUCUAUUUAUCAACUGUUUUAUUGAAAUGAAAAUGAGUUGUAGCAAAUUCCUAUCUGACCCAUGUUUUGCCAGGAAUGACAUUUAGUUCCUAUACAAUGUAUUAAUUCCUUGGUCACAUUUGCUCUACGGCAAGACUACGGUAGCUGUAGGCCCCAGAAAUCAAGUGAUGCUUGUGGGGUGGCUGCAGGGUAGUUGUAAGGCGUAUCUCUAUAUUUUACAGGUUGUAGGGGUGGCGGUAGGAUUAUAGCGGGAUAUAAUACCAAUUUCAUAUCUACAUUUGCCGUAGCAAUAUAUAUACCAUAAUGGGGCUCAACAGCCGCACGGUCACCAUAUGGCCCCCUGGCGUCUGCCUUGGUCAAGUUUCUACGGCCACCUCAGGGACACCCGAAGGCAACUUUGUGUGAUCACUUCCAAGGCCAUACAGCAGGUUUUCUGUUUCCACAAAUUCAAGGUACGCCUACGGCUACCCUUACUUUUGUGACUGCUCCAGUAUGUAACCGUAGGAAUGCCGGGUGAAAUUCAAACCCAUGGCUGCCGUGACAAAUGUGACUAAUGCAUAAGCGAACAAUACUGAAAAGUUUUUUGUGUGUGAAAAGCUGAUUUUGAACAAAUUUAGUGGUAACAAGUGAGGUACAUGUAUGGGAAAAUACCUGUACGUUAUUAUUCAUUAAUAUAAAAAAAAUCCCAAUGUAAGGAAUAUGACAUUCAGUAAUCUUAAAACAGGUUACGUUCACAAUAAGGAAUAAAUAUAUGUAUAUCAAUUUCAAUUACAUGUAGAUCUGUAAUUAAUAUAGUGUUACAUAUUUACAUAGUGUAACAUAUUUAAGAGUAAUUUCAAGAAUGUAACAGACUUUUUUUAUCAUUAUUUUUGCUGAUGUAAAUUUUGUAGUCAAUGCUUGCCUCUAAUUUUUGCUGAUGUAAAUUUUGUAGUCAAUGCUUGCCUCUAAUUUUUGCUGAUGUAAAUUUUGUAGUCAAUGCUUGCCUCUAAUUUUUGCUGAUGUAAAUUUUGUAGUCAAUCCUUGCCUCUAAUUUUUGCUGAUGUAAAUUUUGUAGUCAAUGCUUGCCUCUAAUUUUUGCUGAUGUAAAUUUUGUAGUCAAUGCUUGUCUCUAAUUUUUGCUGAUGUAAAUUUUGUAGUCAAUGCUUGCCUCUAAUUUUUGCUGAUGUAAAUUUUGUAGUCAAUGCUUGCCUCUAAUUUUUGCUAUGAACCGCCAAAUUUGUCAAAACAUUGGGCUGAUUGUUAGGAACUUUGUUAAAGUUAACAAUGUUGUAAACGUGAUCGUUGUUAACUUUCAAAUAUUUACUGCUCAGGAAGUUGUGCAGGAUACACUUGCAAUCUGCAGUAUUUGUAACUAGAUUUGACUCAAUGAUCUAGCCGUACCUGAUUAUUUUUAAACAUGUGAGCACAUCAUCAAAAUUUCACGUUUUAAAGUUAACAACGAUGGCGUUAAAUUGGCCAAUUGUUUAUAUAGAGGAAAUAACAUGAGUGAUUAUUCAAUACGGAAUUUAUUAAACAUUUUCCUAAUAUUUCUUUUGGCAAUUUUUUUGCGCCUAUCAUGCAUUACUUUUGGCUUUUAAUAUCGACAAUCCUUGUGCUGACAAUUACAGGAGUAUUCAUUAUUCAAUAAUAAUGAAACUUGAUUACAGUUUAUUUUUGGCAUGUCUCAUUUAAGUUCAAUCGUGGUGUAAAUCGCCUCGGUAACAGUAGAGUUAUGCCCUUUUUUUCGUAUAACAUAAACCCAGUAGGUUCAAGAUAACUUAAGUAUUUAUUGUCCAAUCAUGAUGAAACUUGGUUGCAGUGUUGAUUCCACCAAGUUCAAUUGUGUUGUAAAUUGCCUCAGUAACACAAGAGUUAUCCCACUUUUACAUUUAAAAAUAGUAGGUUUAUGACUUGUGCUGACAAUAACUAAAGUAUUGUUUAUCCAUUUAAAAUGAAACUUGGUGACAUUAUGGGCAUGGUGUCAUGGUCAAGUCUGGUUGUGAGGUCAGUCACCUCACUUACGCCCUAGAUAUGCCCCUUGUGUAUAAAAAUACAGCUGGCUUACCUAUUUUUUAAAGGUAUGAUAAUCAGACAAGGCUCCUUUUUAUCUACAAAGUUAUGCUCCGUUUAAGUUUUUAUCACAAUUGGUUUGACUAUGAUAGGCACUCCAAACAUAUGACAUAUCCAAUUCCACGGAAUUCUAGUUAUUAAUCUUUGUAAUAUUUGAUAAAGUUCAUAUUGAAUGACCAUAAAUGUGAUAUUCUACAGUAUUUUUAUCACGUAUUGUAUAAUUUGAUGCAUUAUAGUGUAAAAUUGAUAAAAUUUCGCAAUGAAAUAUUACGUACAUAUUUUAAACCCUAUUCAUAUACAAAGUCAUGUCAAUAUGCUUAGAUUUCAGUUGGCUUGAAUAAUUACAUGUACAUUGUAUAAGAGCAUAUAUGUGAGCACAUUAUGCCUAAAGUCAGGCGAGCAUGUCAGUGCCAUCAUUGCCAUCUUGAUGUUGUUUUCUGUAAGUAUUCACAUUGUACUUUUUUUUACAUAACUCAGUUCUAUGAACAAUGUUAAUACAUGUAGUGGACUUUUAUGAAAAUGUAUACCAAAACCGGUUCAUGAAAACUAUUUUAUCUUUGAAAAUGUUCCCAUGUGAUAGUAGGGAGAGAUAGAAAAAAAACAAAUGUUUGAAUUGAGCAAUAAAUGAAUAAUCUUGUGAA